AAAGACUUCUUAAAACCCAAGUUGUUCCAUUCCAAUCGCGGCUGAUUCUUUCGGCCCAGGUCUUCCUUUGACUCUUUCCCUCCCUCUCUUCCCUUCUUUUCCUUCAAAAACCAGCACAACCCUUCCCAGUUUUUUUAUACUCUUAAUCGUCCGAGUUCUCCAAAUUUGAAGGGUGGAACUGUGAUCAUUCUAAGCAUUAGAAUCAUAGUCUCUGACACAAAACCAUCAGCUAGUUUUCUGCAUUUGCCUUCUCAGAAAUGUCACAUUUUAGGAAAUCCCCCAUAAAUGUUGCUAGGCAUGGCUCAGCCCAGCCUGCUUAUUCUGCUCGUUCCAGUUCAAACCCAAUUGAUUCCAAUGAUGAUUUAGACAAGAGGCAAAAGCAUAAGUCCACAAGAAGCACCUCUGCUCACCAUGCAACUGUAGCACCAAACCCCAGCUCCAAUCUUUUCGAGGAUCAUCUUGCGAAAGAGACCGACUCUUCAUCAUCCACAAGUUCAUAUUCAUGGUCGUCAAGAAACCGAUAUAAGAACGAUUUCCGUGACUCCGGUGGGCUUGAGAAUCAGACAGUAGAGGAGCUGGAGAACUAUGCUACGUACAAGGCCGAGGAGACGACGACAGCAGUUAACAACUGCCUGAAGAUUGCUGAGGACAUGAGAGAAGAUGCAACGAAAACUUUAGUUGCCCUGCAUCAACAGGGUGAGCAAAUCACUCGGACUCAUGUAGUUACUGCUGAUAUUGACAAUGAUCUUAGUCGGGGUGAGAAAUUUCUAGGAAGUUUAGGAGGGUUAUUCUCCAAGACUUGGAAGCCAAAGAAAGGUCGUCAGAUAACAGGCCCUGUUGUCCUAGCAGAGGAUCAGGCUGUAAUAAGCAAGGGCAACCAUUUGGAGCAGAGGGAGAAGUUGGGGUUAAGUAGGGCACCCAAGCCACGGCCCUCACGUGCCCCACACCCUGAGCCAACCAAUUCACUUCAGAAAGUUGAGGUAGAAAAGGUGAAACAAGAGGAUGCUCUUUCAGAUUUAAGCAAUAUAUUGGGAGAGCUUAAAAAUAUGGCUGUUGACAUGGGAUCUGAAUUAGACAGGCAGAAUAAAGCUCUGGAUAACCUGUUCGAUGAUGCUGAUGAGAUCACCAUCCGUGUCGAUAAUGCUAAUCGGCGUGCUCGUCACUUGCUUAGAAAGUAGAUGGCAAGGUCUUCUCGUCUCGUCUUGUCUGCCAUCAACAAUUUGAUGGUUGAUGCUAGGCUGCUUGCCACCUUCCUCCGAGUCUCUUCCUCUCUAUCUCUGUUUCAUACAACAAGAAAGAUAAAAUAUUACAGAAAACAGUUGUGAAGAUGGUCUUUUUGACAAUCUUCUUCUAUAUGGUUUGGUUAUUGUAGCUUUGUAAUCGCACUCUUGUUGAUAAUGCUAUAUGCAGAUAAGCAUUUGUUUUCCUCACGGAUUGAAAUAUCGAAUUUUGAGACAGUAAUAUGUAUCGUAUUCAUUUAUAGACAAAAGCCAAAAGGAAACUAAAAUUUCUACCCCUAAA